AUGGACAGAGAUACAUUUAAAAAGGGUUGUAAAACUCAAUGGAGAAACCCAGAUGAACAUGGAUAUAUAUUUGUUAAUACUAGAAAACCCGCAGUUAUUGGUGAUGAAAAUGAAGAUGAGGAAUCAGAUGAUGAAUAUGAAGUUGACGAAACAGAUGAUUAUGCUGAAGACAUUUCAAUCAUACAAGAAAUAGACGAAUUCGAAGAUAUGGUAUCUGGACAAGGUAUAACGUUUUUAUCCGACAACAACGAGGAAUUACUUAAUAGAUUACAAAUAAUAUUAGCGGCAAUGAAGGAAGGUCAUCAAUCACACAGACAAUAUAAUGAAGUAAAUUGUAAAUUAAAAAGAUUUCUCGAGAAAGGUGUUAUAGAUAAAAAUGAUUAUAAAAGCGUGAUUAAAAAUGUACAAUAA